AUGCGUCGAAAAGUGGACCUCAAUGCAUAUCGAUGCUCUCCGCCCGUCAGCGAAUAUGCUUUCACCGAUGAUGGCCAGUCCAACGCAUCCAAGGCUCGAUCUGAGGCCUAUGGGGUCUUCCCCUUGGCAUCACUCUUCAAUCACAGUUGUGCACCGAAUAUGUCCAAAGUCUUGCUGGGCAAGUGGGUGUUUCUCCGCGCAGCUCGGGAGAUUCCACCAGGGGAGGAGCUCACACAAUUCUACUGCGAUAUCCGAAUGCCCGUGGAGAUGCGGCAGAAGGAGCUCUCGGAUUUGCCUUUUGGCAAAAGCGCGAAAGGAUGUCGCUUUGAACUCCUUUUGGACACUGAGAGUGAAGAAUUUCAGCCCUGGAAACGUCUCUACAGCUGUGCAGUUCCCUUGCUUCAGCAGCGCUUCUCCUCGGAGUUGGAAGGCCUCAUCGCCGACGCGGAGCGCUGUGCGCGCCGUGCGCUGGCCGAACGCUUCAUCGAUCCACGAGUCUUGGGCUCUGUGGCCUUUAGCUUGGAUGGUCGCUUUGAGGAGAGCUUGGCACUGUGGAGGCGAUCGGAGCGCUUGGUCAAGUCUGUGGUUCCCUUGUCCAACAUCCAUUUGCGCGUUCACUCAGAGAUGCUUUUGACCAGCGAAGCAGAUGCCGAUCUGCGGGAGAACUUGAGCCUUGUGGCCUCAGCCUUUGGUCCCGGCAUAGAGGUCUGGCAAAAGCUCGUGGGAUUUCGAAUGCCACGGCUUUCGAAGAAGGUCAUGGAUACAUCUCCAAAGCCAGACCUUUGUCCCAUCCAUUACGAAUGGGAGGAGACAGAGCAGAACUGGCUUUUAGUUGCUUGGUCGGCGGCGUUUCAACACGCUCAAGACAUUUUUCUCGAUGCUUCCGCAGACGUCCUACUCUUCAACGCACCGAACGCGGUGGAGACGAAGGUCACCACCUUUGGGGCGUCCAUGUUUCUGAGUCCACCAAAGGACUACAACCAGUUGUCGGUGAAGGCCGCCAAGGAGAUCCCCGCACCCGGCAGCUCCAACGGGCCCUCUGAGGCCGUCUCCGUCAUAGGUGGUGCUGGGCUCAUCAUUGUGCUGGCACUGUUUGUCUUCGGUGUUGGCAUCGUGGUGCCCACGAAGGGAAGGCUUUGUGGGCUGAGAAAUGAGCCAACAGACCACUUCACUACGCAAGCACUCUUCAAUGCGAUGAGCCAAAACCCGGAUCUCGGGGCCGCAUUGGAGGCCUCGGAAGAUGCGGAGAAGCACGCCGAGACUCAGCGUCCCGAGCGUCCCGCCUCGCCGACGUCACCGACCUCGCCGAUCUCGCCCACGUCCAACAAGACCAAGGACGGGGCUGUGGCAGGGAAGAGCGUUACAGAGGAAGAAAUCGAACGAUGCAUCGCAGAGGCAGACAAGAACGGGAAUGGAAUCAUUGAAUACAACGAGUUCAUCGAAUGGCUGCAGCAGCCCUGUGGUACAGUGCGAUUGGGAAGUCACGGUUUAGAGUACUUCGACCUGGAGGCUUGUGUCCGCCCUUUGUAUGACGUCUACGACCAAGAUGGAGAUGGCCUGGUUUCGAUGGAAGAGUUCAUCGGAUGCCAAUCGAUCUUGCAGAACUCUCUUGGGCUCAAAAGCAAGGUUUCACUGGAGGAACAGUUUAAGAAGGAGUUCGGGAGGCCAGGGACCACAAGCGUGCCGCUUCUCGAGAGCGAGCCAAAGAAGACCUUCCUGAUGGUCGAUUCGGACAAGAGCCGGAGCAUCAGUUUCAAGGAGUUCCUGGAGUGGCAACGGAAGCAGCUGAUCGCUGCUCGAACCCCGAGCAAAGAGCUGGAAGAGUUGCUGCCAGCACUGGCCAGACAGCUGAAGCGCGUCUUCAAGUUUGAAGAAGAGGAGGAGAUGAAUGCAUGCGAUGGCCGAGUGUUGCAGCGGAUUGUCGACAAUUUGGCCAAGUUCUGCAUCGAGAUUUGGUCAGAAAAAGAGGGAGCCAAGCAGAAGGCGAAGCCCAUGCUGGCCUUGACCGGAAAGGCGCGGCAUUACACGAAUCGCUGGUCGGAGCCGCCCGUGGGGCUUAACACCAAGAAGCUCAAGGCCAAGUACCUGGCCACUGAGUCGUGUAUGACCAGCGGCCGACUCUCCGAGAACAUGGACCUGGAUCUGAUGGUGAUACCAGAAGUGCUAGACGGUGACGAUGAGAAUCCGCGCAACCGUGUUUGGCUCGGCCAAAUCAUCCAGAAGGUGACCAUGCGCGACGGUAAAGUCCGAUCGGAUGAGCCAGUGUACUAUGAAUUCAUUUCCUUGUCCUGGAGCAAGACAGCGGACGCGGUCUUCAAGUUCCAUCGGUCCUACGACGCAAUGCCACCAGAGCUCCGGUUUUUCUCCUUGCUCAAGGCCGAAGCUGACUUCGGCAACAAGCUGACCUGGUCACAGAUCCAGCGGGUCUUUGCUAGGUGCAAAAGCCACGGGAUCCUCACCGCUGCGCAGCAUGCAGAGUACAACAAUGCGAUGGAGCUCCGGGUGCACAAGGCCUUGAAGGAAGAGGAGAGCUUCCUGGGGCACGACGUCUUCUUGUGCAUCGGGAUGGGGGGACCAAGCACUGACUCAGAUUGA